GCUUCAUCGGCCUCACGCGCGAUCAGCUUCCUCCACCUGACGCAGCAGCUCAAGCUCACGCCACGUACGGGCUGGGUGAACCACGGCGUGGACAAGCCGGAGUCCAUCGCCGAUCACAUGUACAGAAUGUCGCUCAUGGCGAUGGUUGCGGCGAAGGAGAUGCCGGGUUUAGACCAGAAUCGGUGCGUGAAGCUCGCGCUUAUUCACGACCUCGCCGAAGCCAUCGUCGGCGACAUCACGCCGCACGACCCGGUCAGCAAGGAGGAAAAGGCAAAGAUGGAGGCUGACGCGAUGGCCAAGAUACGCGAUAUGCUCGGUGAUUCGUUGGGCGGUGAGGAGGUGGAGGCGCUGUGGCACGAGUACGAGGACCAAGUCACGGACGAGGCCAAGCUGCUGAAGGACCUCGACAAGCUCGAGAUGAUCAUGCAGGCGGGGGAGUACGAGAGGGCGCAGGGGAAGGAUCUCUCGCAGUUUUUCGAGUCCACCGCCGGGAAGUUCACGACGCCGGUGGGACAGGCGUGGGAGGCGGAGAUCGUUGCGCGCAGGAAG